ACAACUUUACCCCCGAUUGAAGAAUUCUAUAAUAAAUUAAGUGAAAGCAAUAUUAGUGAAGAAAAAUAUUCCCACGCACAAAGUGUUUGGCAGUCGUUUGAAAUAAAAAAUUUAGGCGAGUAUUCAGAUUUGUAUUUAAAAACCGACGUUAUUCUUCUGGCAGAUAUAUUCGAAAAUUUUCGAAAAACUUGUAUGGCAACACACGUUUUGGAUCCGGCGUGGUAUUUCAGUAUGCCCGGGUAUACAUGGGAUUGCAUGCUUAGAUUCACAAAAUGUCGUUUAGAACUUUUGCGCGACAUUGACCAAAUUAUGUUUAUCGAGCGGGCUAUACGAGGUGGAAUUUCGGUGUGUGUUGGUAGAUAUGCGGAGGCCAACAAUAAAUAUAUGCCCAACUACGAUUCAUCCAGGGAUGAUUCCUAUAUCAUGUACUUUGACGUCAAUAACCUCUAUGGCAAGGCCAUGUGCGAGCCUCUUCCUUACGGAGGAUUCGACUGGAUGUCUCAUCAAGAGAUUGAUUCAUUUAAUGUCAUGAACAUUCCAGAUGAAUCUUCCCAAGGAUAUAUCCUAGAGGUAGACCUGGAAUACCCGCAGAAAUUACAUGACACACAUAGAGAUUUUCCAUUUUGUGCCGAACAUCGAGUGCCCCCCAAUUCAAAGUUACCAAAACUAAUGACUACUUUGUAUAAUAAAGAAAAAUACGUCAUACACUAUCGCAAUUUAAAACAGGCUCUCAAAAACGGUCUCGUACUAAAGAAAAUUCACAAAAUAUUAAAAUUUAACCAAUCUCGUUGGUUGAAAUGUUAUAUCGAUCAUAAUAAUAAAUUAAGAACCCAAGCAAAGACAAAAUUUGGUAUAAAUUUAUACAAAUUGUUUAAUAAUGCCGCUUACGGUAAAACAAUGGAAAACAUUCGCAAGCAUCGUAUUGUUAAAUUUGUUAAAGCGUGGGAUGGUCGCUACGGUGCGAAAAAUUUAAUUUCUAGUCCUAGAUUUCACAGUAGAACCAUACUUGAUAACAAUUUGUUGCUUAUAGAAUUAAAAAAAUCGGAACUUUGCUUUAAUAAGCCACUUUAUAUUGGAAUGUCCAUAUUGGAUUUGUCGAAAACGACCAUGUACGAGUUUCAUUAUAAUUACAUGCUUCCAAAUUUGGGUCCCGAAAAAUGUAAAAUUCAAUACAUGGAUACGGACAGUUUCAUUUAUAAUAUCAAAUGUUAUGACGCAUAUGAAAGCGUUAUUAAGGCCGAUUUAACAAAAUUUGACACGUCUGAUUAUCCUAAUGACAAUCCCUAUAAUAUACCGCAAAUCAACAAAAAGGUUUUGGGGUUGAUGAAGGAUGAGACUAAUGGCACCAUCAUUAGUCAUUAUGCUGGGUUAAGGUCGAAAAUGUAUACUUUCAAAAUUUUAACGGGUUCGGUAGUUAAAAAGUCAAAGGGUAUUCAGUACAAUAUUGUAAAAAAUAAAAUUUCAUUUGAUGACUACGUAGAAUGCUUAACAAAUUUUAGGGAAAAGUACGCCACUCAACGAACCAUUCGUUCAUACACUCACAAUGUAUUUAGCAUCGAACAAACAAAAGUUGCCUUGAGUCCUUUAGACGAUAAACGUUAUCUUUUGCCGAAUUCAUAUGAAACGCUUCCGUGGGGACAUUAUAAAGUGCCGUAAUUAUUUUUUAAUAUAUUUUUGUUACAGAUUAUGGUCAAACAACUUACAUUAGAAAGCCUUUGUAUUAUAACAAUUUGCGAAAAUAUUAGGUGUAGUGCUGAUUUUUUGCUUGAGUCACCUUUGCCUUGGAAACUAACGAUACUAAUAUUUAAAUAUUAUUCGAAAUAUAGAUGGAGGUACCUUAAACAACUAGCGCUCCAGUCUGAUGGCAAUUCUUUAUUAAAUUUAGAAUUCAUUCUGUUGAAUAAGAGAUUUGGAUCGUCUUACAGAAAUAGCAUUUUGGCAACUCCAACCAUUGAUUUUGACGGAGAAUCCGCUUACUGUUUAUGGGUCAGUUAUUACAGGAUAAAAUAUUCGGAAAUUUUAGUUUACUUUUAUUGGAUCACUAUCAUUUACAGCUGGAUAUAAAUAAUUUGAAUGAUGUAUAUCACGAUAAACAAUUUUGGUGUCAAAGCUGCUUUGAAGAAGUUUUGUUCACUGUAGAAACUGAAGAUGAAUGUAAUUUAAUGCUUCACGAUGAGAGAAAAUAUGGAAAAAAGUUACGCUUUUCUGAUAGCACAUUGAACUAUUAAUACUGUGGUUUUAUUAUAACAUAUGUAACUGUAGAUAAGGCUUUUAUGUAUUGAUUGUAUGCCAUUGUAUUGCAACAAGAAUAAACAUGUAUAUAUUUAGACGCUAUUUUCUUUUUUACCACCACCACAACACCGCAUAAUAAUUACACAGAAGUUUGUAAUUGUAUAAUUUAUUUAUUAUAUACAUUAUUACUAUUUUACAAUUUCGUUAAAUGCUAAAU